AAAAGCAUCACUGCUUCUCUUCUCUGCAACAACUCAGCCUUUGUUGUCUUGUCAAAACAACAGAAACAUUCCUCAUUCCCUCUCCUCUCUCUCUCUCUCUCCGUGUCUGGUCACCGUGAAGAACAAAAGUCAAGAGUAGGAAACCAUGGCAGGCAACAAGUUUGCAACCAUGCUGCAAAGAAACACACACAAACUCACUGUAAUUCUAGUGUAUGCAGUUCUUGAAUGGGUCUUGAUCAUUCUUCUACUCCUCAACUCUUUGUUCACAUAUCUGAUAACCAAAUUUGCCAAAUACUUCGGUCUUAAAAAGCCUUGCCCUUGGUGUUCCAGGAUUGAUCAUGUGUUGGAGCCCGGAAAAAACACCUACUCUUAUAGAGAUCUUGUGUGUGAGAGUCAUGCAACUGAGAUUUCCAAACUGAGUUAUUGCUCAAAUCAUCAAAAACUCGCUGAAGCACAGAAUAUGUGCUUGGACUGCUUGGCUUCUCGGCCAAAUCACAGCGAUCAGUCUGGUGGGAUGACAAGGAGAAUUGCUCUCUUUUCUUGGGUUAGCAAGGACGCUAUUGCAAAUGGUGAAAAUAUUGUCAGGUGUUCUUGCUGCAAUGAGAAUUUAAACAGCAAUGUCUACCCUCCUUAUCUGCUGUUCAAGCCUUCCUGGGAUGCUUUGAAGUAUAGCAAGAAAGGAAAUCUGAUCGUAGAAGAGAUGGAUGAUGUAAAGGAUGGAAUUUACUGCAAGGAAAUAAGCAAACCUGAUAGCUUGACACAUUAUACUGACCAUGAAGACAGCAAUGAGAUUAAAAGAGAUCAUAGAGAAGGACAACAGGAAGAUGAAGAGGCCGCAGAUGGACAUCAAAUGCUAUCUGAAGUCGGAAGUUUUUGCCUCAAAGAUGCAGUGGGGGAAGACUGUUCAAGGUCUGUAUCAAACUUGCAUUAUGAUGAAAAGGAAGCUCACAUUAUGGAGCAGGACUCGUAUGGUAUGAACUCUAUUCAUCAAGGAUUUGAUGACAAUAUGAUUGAAUAUUGUUUUGAUAAAGAUAAUUCUCUUGAAAUCAUCAAUCUGCAUUUGGAGAGAAAUCUUGGCUGUGACUUUAGUCGCUUAAUCCCAGUUGAUUUGAUUGAUUCAUCAACCACUGCAAAUCAAGAAACAUACAACUUAAAGGAAGAUCCUGCAGAGGAAAUUCAUCAAAAUGGAAUUUCUGAUUCUGCAUUACACAAUGAAAUGAAUAAAGAAGAAAUGACAAGUUAUGCAGAAGUUGAAAGCAUGGGAAUAGCAGUGGAUUUCUGUGAGAAAUCUUCAGUUUCAGAUUUCACAGAGAUGAAAAAAGAUUUGGACGGCAAGGAACACGAAAAAGUUACUGCUCCAGAAGAAUCGCUAACAUUAUCGCUUGGUGGAAACAGUGUUGACAUGGAAGAAACAGUAGAACCAGAUGAGCUUCCAGCAGCUUAUGAGGUAGAAAUUAAUGGCUCCAACUUGUUUACCGAUCAAACCAAAUCCAAGGACUUCAUAGAGCUUUCUGAUUUUGGAACCAAUCAAGCUCAAGAAUCAACAAGAUUGCCAUGCCUGCAAGAAGAUCAGUCUUCUGAAACGGACAAUGAAGCUGAGAUCCCAGAUGCCCUUGAAAGUAAUGAGCUUGGUCCAAACGACACAGAAAUUUCUACCGAAGGAGAAAAAAUGUUGUCAGCUGAUGAUAACCAAAUGGGUAUAUUAUCUUCGCAUUUGGAGUCUAAUGAAGCUGAGGAGGAGAAGUUUCCCGAGACACCUACUUCUGUUGACAGUGCUCACUACUUGCAUAAGAAGCUUAUGCUAUUCGAGAAACGAGAGUCAGGGACCGAGGAAUCCUUAGACGGAAGUGUGGUAAGUGAGAUGGAUUUUGGCGAUUCCGUUCUUACUGUUGAAAGGAUGAAAACAGCUCUUAAAGCUGAAAGAAAAGCUUUCGGAGCAUUAUAUACAGAACUAGAGGAAGAGAGGAGUGCCUCUGCAAUAGCUGCAAACCAGACUAUGGCUAUGAUAAACAGGCUUCAAGAAGAGAAGGCAGCAAUGCAGAUGGAAGCAUUGCAAUACCAGAGGAUGAUGGAAGAACAGUCUGAAUAUGACCAGGAAGCCUUGCAACUUCUAAACGAGCUCAUGAUCAAGAGAGAAAAGGAGAAGCAAGAGCUUGAGAAAGAGUUGGAAGUGUAUCGCAAGAAGGUUUUGGACUAUGAGGCUAAAGAAAAACUGAGAAAUAUUAGAAGAAUCAAGGAUGGAAGUAUAAGAAGUAGAACUUCUUCUGUUACAUGCAGCAACACAGAGGAUCUUGAAGAGCUAUCUAUUGAUCUUAAUCGUGAAGCAAGGGAUGAAGAUGGAGGCAGCAGCUUUGGAAACCAAGAAAGUGGUAAUAAUAAUACUCCAGGUGAUGAUGUUGUAAAUUUGCAGGAAAUAGCACUGGAUUGUGUGAAGCAGAUGACUGCUCUAGAUGAUUCCCUGGUUGAAUUUGAGGAAGAGAGGCUGUCAAUUUUAGAUCAGCUCAAGGUUUUGGAGGAGAAGCUACUCCAUUUGGAUGACAAUGACGAUAUUGAGGAUGCGCAUUCGGGAGAGCAGUCCUCAAAUUAUAGCGUUAAAGGAUUCGGUGAAAGCUAUGAAAUGAGCACUCCAGACGAAAAUGAGAUUUCAAUUGAAACGUCAAAGGAUGGACGUUAUCCCGAGAGGAAAACAAUGAAUUCGAUGGCAAGGAACCUCCUUCCUCUUCUGGAUGAUGCUGCAGAUAAUGAGACUGAAGAAGGGUUUAUAAUCGAUGAAAAUGUUGAAUCUGAGUUUGUUGAAAUGGAAAACUCUUUGCUUCCCGAAUUUGGUCUAGACGGCAAAAAACUAGCCAUUGAAGAGGAGGUAGAUCAUGUUUAUGAGAGGCUACAAGCUCUUGAAGCAGACAGGGAGUUCUUAAAGCAUUGUAUGAGUUCAAUACAGAAGGGAGACAAGGGGAUGGAUCUUCUCCAAGAGAUCUUGCAGCAUCUGCGUGAUCUUAGGACAGUGGAACUCCGGGUGAGGAGCUUUAGUGAGGAUCCUCUGAAGUAAAGUUCCUCCUACCAACCAUGAAACAGGAGACGAGCAGGACUUCAUAUAUCAACACAGUAUAUUUGUUUGACAAUCCAGGUCCCUUUCUCAUGGAUGAGAGGGGGAACUUACUCCACAUCAAGCGCAGGCCCAAGAGUUUGAGGAACUUAAUGUUUUCUGCAGAAUGCCAGGAUAUCUCCUGAUGGAACAGAGGAUUCCUGGUCUUUAGUUUGUUUCGGUCAGUGAAUGAUAUUCACAUACAACAAAAACUGAAGUCUGCCACCAACUUCUAAAUGGUCUCUUUUGGGCUCUACUGAAAAGGUGUAAGCCCAAAAUUUUGCAGUAUCUCCUCCUAGCAGCCUUUUCCCAGGCAAAGGAGAAGGGCCAGAAGGAUUGCACAAGCAUACCUGGUUUGAUUGCAUAGGUUAGGUUACUUGCAAAGUAGACUAAGGUUUAUAUCUACCAUUUUCAGAUCAUAUUCUUUUGUUUCAGACAGGGAAGGGUUGAAGGGGAUGGGAAGGAGGAUUAAGCCUUCCUUCCAGGUUUUUGCAUUGGUUAUGUCAUAUGGGUUGAAAUACCGUGUCAAGAAUUGUGAGUGGUGGUUGCCAUUAAUGCUUUUUGUUGCUUUUA